AUGUGUAUUCAUGUUCUUGUCGAUACAAUCCUGAUCUUGUCUGUUCCUUUUGCAGCGCUUGAUAUACGACAUGGAUUCCGCCGCCAUGACAUUUGCAGUAAACCAAUCACCUCCCCUCCGGUAGAGACUAUUGGAAUGGUUCCUAUUCUUGUUAGAGACAUAAGUACUAUCGCUAUAGGAAAGAUGUUGUUAUUGGUUCAAGGAGUUGGGCAGCAAUGGAGCAUUCCAGAUGACAAUAUUAUGGAGUUGAUCCGACAAGUGGUGCCAAAGGACAUCCCCGAGCCUGCCUUUUUGAGGCAUUAG